ACGGCUUUCUGACUAAUGAUCAAUAGAGGGCGCUGCUGCUGCAAGGUACCCAUGCUGUCCGUGGUGCUGAUUCUCUCAGGUUUAAUCAUGUAAAACUGGGCAUUUACACAUCAAACUGUAUUUUAUUUUAAAUAUCAUUCUUAUAGGAGUCUAGCACUGCUUCUGGAGAACUGCUUGUCCUAGAAGCAAAACUCCACAGGAUAGCAAAGGUUUCGAUGAUGACUAGUGGAAAGGGAAACAAUAUAUUAAUGACUCUAACAAUGUAAACACUGGUUCUUUAUUACAUAAGUAUACUUUUUAUCAACAUUGUCACAAGAGAAUCCAAGUUUUUUCCACCCAAAUCGAAGGAAAACAACAUACAGAUGCUAACCGGAAUAUAAAGAAAAACAGUAUACUCACUGCAGUGAUAGAGAUGACCACAGAAAUGCUUUUUGCAGUGCACAUGAAGAGCUGUAUUAAUUGCACUAUUUGCUAAUGGGGCUUUGUUUUCUGGUUUUCUGAGCAUUGCUUUGUAGGAACACAAGUCUAACAGCUUUAGAGCUGAAGUUGGAAAAAUAAAGCUGCAAGUAGAAGAAGCAGGCAGCAAUUCUAUUCUCCCUCCCCCUGUGGGAAGGACACCGAGCAAGGCAGGGGCUGACGACAUACAGUGAGGGUGGUAAAACAAAACAUCCAGUCUUUAAAAAGCUAAGCAAAGCUCGGUUUCCCACCUCAGUGUGAGAAGCUGAUGAUCAACACCCUGUCGAUUUGAAAUACCCAGUGAAGAAGAUUUCAUAGAGUCUGCAUUUCAUGUACGGAUUCCAUUCUCCAUGCACCGUCUACAGGAACAAACUUUCUUUAUGGAAAGCUGAACUUCAGUGUUGACUGUCUAAAAGCAAUUCUGAUGGAGCCCUACUGGCUGCACUUCAAGUUUUUCUAGAUCAUUUAUCCUGUGCUCCAGAAGAGGGUAAGCUGUGUUGGGUGUCCAGUGCAAGUCUCAGCCAUGAUUGCUCCUCUUUCAUACUCCAUCCAGGCUACAGCUGUCAUAGCAGCCAUCAUCACCUUUCUUGUUCUCUUCACCAUUUUUGGAAAUGUGUUGGUCAUCAUAGCUGUGCUAACGAGCCGUUCAUUGAAAGCUCCUCAAAACUUGUUUUUAGUGUCUCUGGCAGCAGCAGAUAUUUUGGUGGCCACUCUGAUAAUACCCUUCUCCUUGGCCAAUGAGUUAAUGGGAUACUGGUAUUUUGGCAAGACCUGGUGUGAGAUGUAUUUGGCCUUGGAUGUUCUGUUCUGCACCUCCUCCAUUGUUCACCUAUGUGCCAUCAGUUUGGACAGGUACUGGUCAGUAAGUCAAGCUAUAGAGUAUAAUUCCAAGAGGACACCAAAAAGGAUCAAAUGCUUCAUCCUCAUUGUUUGGACACUUGCAGCCUUGAUCUCUUUACCACCGUUGAUUUAUAAAGGCAAAAGCAAAGACCAAAAUGCCAAACCUGAGUGCAAGUUGAAUGAGGAACCCUGGUAUAUACUUUCUUCUAGCAUCUGUUCUUUCUUUGCACCUUGCCUUAUUAUGAUCCUGGUGUAUUUAAGAAUCUAUCUCAUUGCCAAACGCAGGAACAGGAAGAACACUACAGGCAACAAACUUAAGAAAACGGCACCUGGACUCUUCAGCCAUUUGCAUAAACAUAGUACGAACAGUUCACAUGCACAAACUCAAUGUAGUAUUAUUUCUUCACAGGAAAAAAGAGGGUCUGCGUUAGAUGAUCUCCACCAUGGUGUCCCAGUGUUGUCUUCAACACUUGAGGAACGCAAUGGACACUCAGAGCCAAUUAGUCAUCAGCCCCAAGGGGAGAACCUAAAACACCUGAAUGGUCAUGAGCCUGCAGUGAUGGACACAAUUGCAACUGUCCGAGGUGUGAUGCUGGUGCCAAAAGGGGCUAAAGAUUCUGAUAUAAAUUCAGCCAAGAAGAAAAGUUACAUCAACAGGGAAAAAAGGUUCACCUUUGUACUGGCUGUGGUUAUAGGUGUUUUUGUCCUGUGCUGGUUCCCAUUCUUUUUCACCUACAGUCUUAGAGCCAUCUGCACUGAGCUCUGUUACAUUCCAGACAGUGUCUUUCAGUUUUUCUUCUGGAUUGGAUACUGUAACAGCUCCCUUAACCCUGUUAUAUACACCAUUUUCAACCAGGACUUCAGAAAGGCUUUCCGAAGGAUUCUGUGCAGUCACUGGUCACAGACAACAUGGUGACCUUUAAGGAAGGGGGUGGGGAUUUCAGAACUUAAUAUUUAUUAGUAGGGAUGCACUGAAUCCACUAUUUUGGAUUCGGCCGAACCCCCGAAUCCUUUGCGAAAGAUUCGGCCGA